AUGGCUCAAGCGUACCAACGAAAGGCUGGCAAGAUGUCGAUCGCCGAACAGAGCCUCCAUGAUGAAAAAUGGGACGAUACAGAAUUGCUCCAGCGGUUCAACCAUAACGUGAAGGGAGGACAUGGAGACACGCCGGAACAGACGCAGGAAUCGAAACCGAUUGAAUGGGUUGUCGGUGAUCGUUGCACGGCUCCCUACUAUGCGGAUAAUAUGUUGUAUCCGGCCCAGAUCACCGGCCUGGAUCGUACGCUUGGGAUAGCCGAGGUUCUUUUCGACAGCUACGGCAAUACGGAAGAAGUGAAAAUAGCCGACCUGCUAGGGGAGGAUUAUUAUAAACCAGAUGAGGCCGUCCGAGAAGAAGGCGGCUAUGAAGAUGAGGCAGUCCGAGAAGAGGGUGGCUAUGAAGAUGAGGAUGACGAAGGGGAGGAAGAGUUUGAUGAGGACCAACAGGAAGAUAGUGAAAUGAAGCCAGUGUCCUCAAAACCUCUUCAAGAUUCCAGCCCGUCCUCGAGCAAGAAGAAGAACCUCAAGUUUAACAUGCCGAGCCCCUCGCUGGCCCCUCCGCCACCGCCGUCGAUGUUCAUGAAGGACUGCCCGAUGCCGGAAAAUAUGGACGAGGCGCUGAGCGGUAUGCUGAUGAGCUGGUACAUGUCCGGAUAUCAUACCGGUUACUACGAGGCUCUGCGGACGAUGCAGAAGAAGGGCCAGCAGGCAGGCGAAUCCCCACAGAAGAAGGUCAAGUCCAAUCCUGUCCGCUGGACCAACGACCCGGAUUCCGAUCUGUUCGCC